GAAUCAUUGGGGUUGAUUUUGUUGCUUCUGGAGCUGUGAUUUGUUUACAUUCAAUUUAAUAUUAGUAAUUAAGCGUUUGUGAUGGGCAUAACCGGGCUGAUACCUUUUCUGGAGAAGGCGUCGGCCAAGGUGCACUUAAAGGAAUUGAGCGGCAGCACCGUUGCCGUGGACACCUACUGCUGGCUACACAAAGGUGUCUUCAGCUGCGCCGAGAAACUGGCCCGCGGCGAGGAUACGGAUCUGUAUGUGCAGUAUUGCCUGAAAUAUGUGCUCAUGCUGCUCUCCUACAAUAUUAAGCCCAUUUUGGUGUUCGAUGGCCAACAUUUGCCGGCCAAGGCGCUCACCGAACAGCGGCGCCGCGAAUCGCGCCAGCAAAGCAAAAAACGCGCCAUGGAACUGUUGCGACUGGGUCGUACCGAGGAGGCGCGCUCCCAAAUGCGGCGUUGCGUGGAUGUCACACACGAGAUGGCGCUGCGUCUCAUCCAGGAGUGCCGCGUGCGACACAUUGACUGCAUUGUGGCGCCCUACGAGGCGGACGCACAAAUGGCCUGGCUUAACAAGGCGGGCAUUGCACAGUAUAUAGUUACAGAAGACUCGGAUCUGACGCUAUUCGGUGCACAGAAAAUAAUCUUUAAGUUGGACCUGAAUGGUGCCGGCCUGCUAGUCGAGGCAGAGAAGUUCCACCUAGCCAUGGGCUGUACGAAGGAGCGCUAUAAGUUCGAUAAAUUUCGGCGCAUGUGCAUAUUGUCCGGCUGCGACUAUCUGGACUCGUUGCCGGGCAUUGGCUUAGCCAAGGCAUGUAAGUUUAUGCUCAAAACGGAACAGGACGACAUGCGCAUAGCAUUGAAGAAAAUCCCACAAUAUCUCAACAUGCGUAAUCUGGAGGUGGACGAUGCUUACAUAGAGAAUUUCAUGAAGGCGGAGGCCACUUUCAAGCACAUGUACAUCUACAAUCCGCUGGAGCGACGCAUGGAAAGACUGAGUGCCCUUGAGGAUCAUGAAACCGAUGAAGGCCACUGCAGCAAUGCGGGUUCAUUGCUGGCGGAUAGCGAAAAGGCACUCCAUCUGGCCUUGGGCAAUCUGAAUCCCUUUACGCUCAAGAGCUUGGACAAUUGGCAUCCGGACAAAGCGACUGAGUCGAAGACAGCGACAGCAAAGCACAUUAAACGCACCAAGCACAAAAGUAUUUGGCAAGCGCAUUCCAACAAUACACACGAAGCAGAGCUAAAGACGCAGCCAAAACCCAAAACUUGCGCGCUCUUCUUCAAGAAGGUGGACUUCGUUGGCCAGAACAUACAGUCGGAGAUUGAGGCCAAUCAGCGCCAGGAGCAGGCAAAGCAGACAGAGGCCGAGCUGUUCAGCUUGUACAGCUUCAAGGGCAAGCGCAAACGCAGUCCGAGCAGAAGCAGCAGCAACUCGACGCCGCCGCAAUCGCCUGCGCAGAGCAAAAGUCGCCACAAUCCGUUUGCUAGGGAGACAACGCAACAUCCGACGGCAGUGUGUGAAAAUCCAUCACUGCUGCGUUUAGUGAGUCCGAUGAGAUCAGCCGAAGAGCCAACCAGGCCUGAGGAGAGGCAUGUGAAGGCGCUGAAGCGCAGCAUUUUUGCCGAGGAGCAGCCGCAGGUGGAGGUGCGCAGUCGCUUCUUCAGCGCGCAAACCCCAGAGCCAGAGACAAAGGAACAGCCAAAGGCAGCUGCCGAAGCAGACAAACAACAGGAACUGGAACUGGAACUGGAACUGGAGUCCACCGCAAGUGCAGCAGCUGCAAACGAUAAGAACAACAACAAUAACAACGCUGACAUCGUUUUGCUAUCCUCCUCCUGCUCGGAUGAGGACACCAGCUCACAAAGCGCCACGCUGCCGAGCAGUCAGGAGGCUCCGCUGCCCGCAAAACCCCAACUACUGCCCCAACUGGCGGCAAGUGCCCGUCGCGUGGGUCUGUCCAAGCCAAAGUCGAGCAAACGCGCCAACACGAAGACAAAGUCCGCCUCACUCGGCGACAAUCAAACCAAGCUGAGCGCGUUUGGAUUUCAAAAACGAAGUGUUCUUAAAUAAGCUGCCAUAGACUUAAGUUUCUUAUUUUUUUUUUUUACUUAAGCUGCCAUUGAGUUAAGUUUUCUGUUUUUUUUUUUUAGGUAAUUGUUGGCAAUAUGUUUAAAAUAUUUAUUAAUUAACUAUUUAACGACUAAGGCUGUGCAUGCAUAAUACUGCCUAAUUUUAAAUAUCAACUAAAAUAAAAGACAAUUAUUAGAUGAAUCGGGUAGUAAAUAA